GGGUUUGCGUCCCCACGCUGCCCUGCGACAUGCGUCCUGCGCUUGCUUCCCCUUCCCCUGCACCCACUCUCACUCACCAGGCUCACCAGGGCACCAAGCAAGCAAAAUUGGCAACCACGCAAACGCUGCGCGCGGCGCGCCCCCUUUGUCUGCCACCGAUGGCACCGACCCAACCCAUGCCGCUCUCGAGUCAAGCUGUCGCCAUGUAGCGUCUCUGCCCUAGCAUCUGCGGCUGCGCAUACCUCGCCAUCCAUUCCCACGUUCACGCCUACCUUAGGAUACACUCUCUACCCGCACACUACGCCUCUACGCCUCUACGCAACGACUGUACAAUUACGGACCUGUACUCCGUACAGAGUGUACAACUGGUUUUUACGACUAUGGAGCGGAAAGAUUGUGGGCCAGACUGUGCAGCUCAGGUCCUUCCUCCCAUGGUCCAUCCAUCCAUGGGCCAUCAGGUCCUGUCACUGGUCCCAUGAGCCACCUCAUGGACCAUCCCCAAUCGCACAAUGCUGCUCCCAAUUCGGAAGCGUCGUGCCCCCGGCCAACCUCUAGCGGUGGCCGUCAUCGCCGUGGGCCGUGGACCGUCGUGGAUCAUGGACCGUGGGUCGUCUGCUAUGGAAUUGUGGCUGCUGUUGGGGCAGGGCCGGACUGAUGUUUGGUCUGCCCCCAAACUCGAUCCCAAACUCUAAGCCCAUUCCUCGAAGCCUUUUUCGUCCUGGUUCCUCCUCGCCGUCGUUCCAGACCUACACGCCUCCACGCCUUUCCCUUCCUGUGCUUCGUCAAGAACCCGCUACCAUUCUUGUAAUGCUUAUCCCCCCAUCUUCUUUCUUCUCCUGGUCUACCUUAUUACCUUAGUUUAAUCCUCAGUUUCCUCGCCUUGCUCCCGAGUCCCUCCCCCCCUCUCCCCAUCUCUGCCAAGGAGACCCGUUGGACCUGUUCCCCUGCUCAGACAACGUCAGCUCGUCUUCAGUCCGAGCCCUGCAAUCGUCGUCCGAUCUUGGAUCCUCUGACCGCGCAUGUUCCAAACAAAAUUCGACAACGGCCAGACUUGACACCUUGCUUCUGCGUAGCUGCUGUAACAUCCAUUUUCGAUCACGGCCAACGGGAAUUUGUUUUUUUUGGACAUUUAAUAUCAUCGUGAGCUUUGUCUUGGCACACGACUUUGGCGUAGACUUACACAGUGAUACCCUCUAGGACCUACAUAUAGACACAUACUUGUAUAACGAAGCCGACAACGACGAAAACGACGAAGACGACCACGACCACGACCCCUCCAGCCGAGCCUCGUUUCAUUGGCACGAACAAAAGUACCGCAAUGCCGAAAUCAGGGGAAUUUGCCUUCGCCGAAGAGCGCUCCUCAUCAUCCGUAGAAGAUUUUGACCUCGAUGACGAACACAAGGAACCAUUGCUGCCCGGCUCGACCUCGAUCUCGCGCCGGAGGCAACGAGGAACACUGCUUGCAUGGCUCAAAGGACGGCCAAAGUCAUUGUUGAGAAAGUUCCGUCGACAACCUCGAUCCCUCCCACGGCUCCUACUCCGAUAUACGUUCAUGUUCAUACUCUUCAUCAUUGUCACCACACCGAUAUUCUUCCCGUCGUACACGCGCCAUCCGAAGCACUACAAAAAUUUGAGGAAAAGAUGUCUGGUGUCCGACAGCCUUUCCGGGUGCGCCAAUAUGCAGAACGAAAAGGUAUUCAUUGCCGUCAGUUUGUUUGACCCGGAGGGCAAGAUUGCAGGGGGAGAAUGGGCCAAGAAUGUACUGGACCUGAUUCACAUGAUUGGCGAGGACAACACAUUCCUUAGUAUCUACGAAAAUGACAGCGGUGACUUGGGUACUGCUGCUUUGGAGGAGUUUAAGAAAAAUGUGCCAUGCAAGCACAAGAUCGUCAGCGAGGGUCAGGUCGACUAUAACGUCUUCCCGCAUGUCACCAUGCCUGAUGGAACACAGAGGUUGAAACGCUUGGCGUAUCUGUCCGAGAUGCGCAACCGCGCGCUCUACCCAUUGGACCAGUACGACACGGAUGCAGGGAUUGUCAAGUAUGACAAGAUCUUGUUCCUCAACGACGCGCUCUUUGCGCCGGUAGACGCCGCUCAUCUACUCUUCAACACGAAUGCAGGCGAAGACGGCAAAGCUCACUACUUGUCGGCAUGUUCCUUGGACUAUGACUGGAAUCCCUUCCUCGAGUAUGACCUUUAUGCGCAGCGCGAUGCUGAAGGUUACUCCAACGGAAUCCCGAUCUUCCCCUACUUCACCAACAAGGGCCAGGCAAUCUCACGCAAGGCCAUGCUCUCGCAGACAGAUGCGGUCCCCGUCAAGAGCUGCUGGGGUGGAAUGGUGGCCAUGCAGGCCAAGUACAUCCAGAACUUGGAUAAGAGGCUGCCGACAAAAGACUGGCAAGCUAUUGCGCACCAUGUCAUCAACCCGGAUCACCCUCACAACACGACGACACCAGUCCGAUUCCGCUACGAACCCGAGGUCUACUUUGACGCCUGCGAAUGCUGUCUAUUCCUUGCCGAUGUUACGAGUGUUGCGGACAAGGCCGGAGAGCCAGACAUGGGCGUGUUUGUGAACCCAUACGUGCGCGUGGCCUAUCGCAAGAGAACACAACGCCUCGAACGCGUUAUUCGCCAUUGGGAACGGCUUAUGGCCCUGCCGCAGGAGAUUAUUACCUACUUUUCACGGUUCCCGACCCCGAACCCCCACAGGGAGGUUGUUGAAGGGCAACGCUUCAUGGAAGAGAUUUACCAACGCCGGGAAGGGUGGAAGAUGGUUGAGCGGACGGGGCGCAACGGCAUGUUUUGCGGGGUCCGGGAGAUGCAGCUCAUCAAGGAGGGCCCGCGCAACGGACGCAACUGGGAGAACCACUACAACAUUCCAUGGGCGGAGCAGCAGUUGAACUUCCCCAUCUGAUUUUAUUCUCGAUUUUGACGGAGCUUGUACUGGUCGGUGUAAUGGGGGACACGGCGCUUGCGGUUGGUUAAACUAUGGAGCAUCAGCAUUACUUUCGUUCGGCGGCAUUGGGUGGAUAGACCUGUUGGGCAUAACGACGAUGGUUCGAUACGGAGAAGGUUGUUGGGUCCCAAGGCUAUGUAUGCCACCCAAAAUAGGG